AUGGAAGUCUUGGUAUUAGAGAUUGAAGAUCCAGGUUGCUUUUGGGUUACUAUGAAAGGAUGUGGGCCUUACAUAGUCGAUGAAAUAGAAUAUAAAAACCUGAAUGCUGAAAUGAAUCAGUUCUAUGACAAAUCUUGUAAAGAUGUGGAUGAAGUAAAACCACUAAUGGUGGAAGAAGGCCAGAUUUGUGUGGUUUUCAGUGAGGAACUCAAAUGCUGGUGUAGAGCGGUUAUUAAGUCAAUCAUGUACUGUACAGAUCAUUAUCAAACAGAAUGUUUUCUUGUGGAUUAUGCCAAAUACAUUUUUGUUAAAUCAAAGGACAUUCGAGUUGCACUGGAAGCAUUUAUGCAGAUCCCAUAUAGAGCAAAAAAGUGUAGACUGUAUCGUACAAAGCCAGUGACGUUGCGUAUUGACUUUUGUGAAGAUACUGCAAAAAUAGU